CUCAUUCAAAGUUUGACCUGCUAGGCAUUAAAGAUGGCUCCGCUCCUCUCGUUGUUACAACCUAUAGUGUUGUUACUUACUGCUCUUGCUAGUAACGCUUUCUUCAUGGGUAGCGAGAAUAAAGAAGCGUUUAUUCCUUUUGAGAAAUUGAAAGAGUUUGGUUUAUCAAGAGAUCACAAGAUUUACGCUCAUCUCGUCAUUCCACCUUGGAGUCGACCUUUUAAACUUGGCUACUGUGAGAGUUGGGAAUGGCACACAGACCCCAAGUAUCGAGAUCAAAGAAUUGCUCUUUGUAAAGAACUAUCAGAAGGUCAACACGAAUGUGAUUCUCCUACUGGUUUUUGUGACGACAAGUGUCCGUACACUAAUGGAAGCUAUCCAUUCUGGAGAUUACGUAAUGCUGCCGACGUUCAUCUUGUGUGGACUGUGUCCAGUAUCCAAAUGUUUACUUCAUCAUCGAGUAACAAAAAUCUUGUGGAAAAUCCAACUAAAGCCUAUGCCAGCAGCUACUUUGGUCCAGGCUACAAUCCUAGUAAUGCAUUCGAUAACAACCCAGAAACUAUUUGGGUAUCUAACGGUCAAGCUCCCCCAGGAAUGCAAUGGAUUGCAUUUGAGUUCGACUACCCCGUCUCUAUCGGCUCCAUCCGUAUCGCGUCGGAAAUCGACAAACCAGAGCGUGCUCCUACGGAAAUAUUUGUUGAAGGAUCGUGCGAGAAGUACUUUCGAACGUUCGAGACGAUGUGGAUAUUGCGUAAUCCAAAUCAGAGAAGUGACAUGAGGCAACAUGCUCAGAUAAAUAGACGGGAUGCCUCAAAACCAAGAUUUCGAAGAUAUCGUUAGCCUGUUGCAUUUUCGUAACUAUAAAUCUUUCAAUAACAAUAAAACGAAAACAAAUGCAAA